CCCCGCCCUGGCCUGGCCGCAGCCCGGCUGAGGGGACGCUGUCAGGGCUCCCAGGGCUGCCGACUUUCUUGCUCAAAAAGCAUUCCUUAAUGUUUUGACUUAAACUUAAUUUGGAGGGCCGGUGGUGUGUUGAAAUCUUAAAUUUCGAAUGUGUUUGCACGUGUUAGUGAUAUAUAACUGUGGGUUGUAAUUUUGGGCAUACUUGAGAGUCAGUAUUUUGGUCAGGUGACUGCACCAGCUGUCCUAAUGAUUAGGCUUGAUAAGGCUUUUCAAAGCUGUGAGCAGGUGCCGUCAGAUGUACUACCGUCAUGCAAAACCCGCAGUCUACAAAGCUACACACACUAUGGAAUUGUGACCCCGAUUAAUUGUUUUAAGAAUUAUAUCCUGAAUGGUAAUGCUUCUGUUACACAUGGAUUGUUUAUGAUGGAGUUAUGUACUGGAGAGGAUGUGGAGGUAGUUUAUUCCUGCAUUGCAGCUUUUAUCCUUUUCCAUCUUUGAAAGCAUUUAUUUUGCUGGCCUAGGAAAAAAAGCCUAAACAUACAGACUUACAGCAGUAUGGUUUUUAUAAGAAAGAUGUGUCUGCAAUGUUUCUACCAAGUAGUAGGAGAAAGGUCUUGCAGGAAAUAAGAUUUUAUUGAAAUGCAAAUUUCAUUGGUCAUGGGGAAUUAUUAGAUGUAGCAGGAAAUAUUCACGUAUGCUGCGUUCCUAUAUGAUAGUCAGUGAGGGAAAAAAAUUCAGUUGUAUUUCAUGAGCCUGAUAAGACUCCAUGCUUUUUGUUUUGUGUAAAUGCUGUAAAGAGGAAGAGUCUGAAACUAUGCCAUAGAGUUUGUAUGUAAAGGCCCUCUUCCAUAAAUCUGGAAUGAUUCUUGGUUGUCCAGCCAAUCAAAAUGUCACCUAAGCAAAGCUGCCACUGUCCUUCCAAACACAGCUGACUAUUUCAGAGAGACAUUUUAAAAACCUGUCUUAAAAAAACUAACAAUCAAACCCACAUAAACUCCUUGUUCUUCUUUCUGACAGGACUUCCCAUUAUCUAGCGCUGUUCCUCUCUGAGGGAUAAUAAUGUCUGAAGAAUAGUUUAUUGCCUCUUUAGAUUGCACACAAGAUGCAAUGGUUUGCUUCUUUACUUUUCUAUGAGCUGAUGGAAUGUGAUGGCCUGGCUUUUUUACUCUGUUUUACUGCCUGAUCUUUGGUUGUCCUCUCCUGAGAAUUAAAGCUACUUCUGUGCACUUCCACUGGAGAGAUGGUAGGAGACCUGUGUAGUCAUUACAGAAAGUCCUUUUUGGUGUUUGGAGCAAGCUUCCAAGUGUUCUGAUAAAUGUAAUAUAGCCCUAUAAUAGGCCCUGUGAAGAAAAUUAACUCUACCCCAGCCAAAACCAGCACAGCUCUGAAGGAUAGUAGUUGUUGAACUAAAUAGAUUCCUUUUCUCCUGUCUUUGUAGAGGAAUGGCUCCUUGUUGGUACCAAACAAGGGCAUCUUCUGCUCUACAGGAUCAAGAAGGAUGUAGGAGAGGUUAUGUCAUCAGAAAGUGUCUGUUGCAAUAGGUUUGAAGUGACACUAGAGAAAUCAAAUAAGAACUUCUCAAAGAAGAUUCAACAGAUUCACGUUGUUUCUCAAUUUAAGAUUUUGGUCAGUCUACUAGAAAAUAACAUUUACGUCCAUGACCUGUUGACAUUUCAACAAAUCACCACAAUUUCAAAGGCAAAAGGUGCAUCUCUCUUCACUUGUGAUCUCCAGCAAUCAGAUACAGGGGAAGAGGUGCUGAGGAUGUGUGUGGCAGUGCGUAAGAAGCUACAGCUUUAUUUCUGGAAGGACAGAGAGUUCCAUGAGCUGCAGGGAGACUUCAGUGUACCUGAUGUACCCAAAUCUAUGGCCUGGUGUGAAAACUCCAUCUGUGUAGGCUUCAAGAGGGACUAUUACCUGAUACGGGUGGAUGGAAAAGGAUCCAUCAAAGAACUGUUUCCCACAGGGAAGCAGCUGGAACCAUUGGUAGCUCCUGUAGCAGAUGGAAAAGUUGCAGUUGGCCAAGAUGAUCUAACAGUUGUGCUUAAUGAAGAAGGGGUCUGUACUCAGAAGUGUGCCUUGAACUGGACAGAUAUUCCUAUAGCCAUGGAACACCAGCCUCCCUACAUCAUUGCUGUUCUGCCAAGGUACGUGGAGAUCCGCACUUUUGAACCCCGGCUGCUGGUGCAGAGCAUCGAGCUGCAGAGGCCACGCUUCAUCACCUCUGGAGGCACAAACAUCAUAUAUGUGGCAAGUAAUCAUUUUGUUUGGAGGCUUAUUCCGGUGUCCAUAGCCACACAGAUCCAGCAGCUUCUGCAGGACAAACAGUUUGAGUUGGCUUUGCAGUUGGCAGAAAUGAAAGAUGAUUCAGAUAGUGAGAAGCGACAACAAAUUCACCACAUAAAGAACCUCUUUGCCUUCAACCUUUUCUGCCAGAAGCGUUUUGAUGAAUCCAUGCAAGUUUUUGCCAAGCUUGGUACAGAUCCCACUCAUGUGAUGGGUCUGUAUCCGGACCUCCUGCCCACAGAUUACAGGAAGCAGCUACAAUAUCCCAACCCCCUCCCAGGGCUCUCUGGGGCAGAGCUGGAGAAGGCACAUUUAGCUCUGAUAGACUACCUAACUCAAAAAAGGAGUCAGCUAGUGAAGAAGCUGAAUGAUUCUGAUCAUCAGUCCAGUACCUCACCCCUCAUGGAAGGAACACCCACGAUCAAAUCCAAAAAGAAGCUGCUACAAAUCAUUGAUACCACCCUGUUAAAGUGUUACCUGCAUACAAAUGUAGCACUGGUGGCACCGCUGCUACGUCUGGAGAACAAUCACUGCCAUAUUGAGGAGAGUGAGCAUGUACUAAAGAAGGCACACAAAUACAGUGAGCUGAUAAUACUGUAUGAGAAAAAAGGUCUGCAUGAGAAAGCAUUACAGGUACUGGUGGAUCAGUCAAAGAAAGCCAACUCACCUUUGAAGGGUCAUGAGAGGACAGUGCAAUAUCUGCAGCAUUUGGGCACAGAGAACUUGCACUUGGUAUUUUCCUACUCUGUCUGGGUGCUAAGAGAUUUUCCUGAAGAUGGACUGAAGAUAUUUACAGAAGACCUCCCUGAAGUGGAAGCUUUGCCACGAGACAAAGUGCUCAGUUUCUUGAUAGAAAAUUUUAAAAGCUUGACUAUUCCUUACCUGGAACACAUCAUUCAUGUCUGGGAAGAAACCGGUGCGGACUUUCACAACUGUCUGAUCCAGCUGUACUGUGAGAAAGUGCAGGGUUUAAUGAAAGAGUAUCUCAGUUCUUUCCCUGCAGAUAGAGCUCCGGUGCCUGCUGGGGAGGAAGGAGGAGAUUUGGGGGAUUACCGGAAAAAGCUGCUGCUUUUUUUGGAGAAGUCUAGCUGGUAUGAACCUAGUCGACUUAUUAGUGACUUCCCUUUUGAUGGUCUCCUAGAAGAACGUGCUCUGCUCUUGGGUCGUAUGGGGAAGCAUGAGCAAGCUCUGUUUAUUUAUGUUCAUAUUUUGAAGGACACCAACAUGGCUGAAAACUACUGCCAUAAACAUUAUGACAGAAACAAAGAUGGCAACAAAGAUGUGUAUCUGUCCCUGCUCCGCAUGUAUCUCUCCCCACCCAGUGUUCAUUGCCUGGGACCGAUCAAGAUGGAGGUGCUGGAGCCUCAAGCCAAUCUGCAGGCUGCUCUGCAGGUUUUGGAGCUGCACCACAGCAAACUGGAUACCACUAAGGCAAUAAACCUGCUCCCAGCAAAUACACAGAUUAGUGAGAUUCGCAUCUUCUUAGAGAAAGUACUUGAAGAAAAUGCUCAGAAGAAAAGAUUUAAUCAAGUGCUCAAGAAUCUUCUCCAUGCAGAGUUUCUGAGGGUCCAGGAGGAGCGGAUCUUGCAUCAGCAAGUGAAGUGCAUUAUUACAGAGGAGAAGGUGUGCACUGUUUGUAAAAAGAAGAUAGGUAACAGUGCAUUUGCUCGAUACCCUAAUGCAAUAGUCGUGCAUUAUUUCUGCUCCAAAGAAGUCAAUACACUGGACACCUGACCUUGUCAUGGUCAAUAAUCUCAACAUUCAUAUGAAAUUCAGUACUGAUGACUAAAGAAGUUCAUGUGUCUAUGAUUUUUGAGGCUUGUUGCUACGUUCUCUUACACUGGGUGGAAGUCAUUUAUAUCUAUGGACUGACUGUACCUACCCAGCAAUAUUUAUGUACUAGGAAAUGACUUUAACCAUGUUGUUACUGUGCUGGCAACCACACUGAACCUCUCAGUCCUCAGAUGAAGGAUCGAAACUGAUUUUUGUAGUGAGUUUUGUAAUACACUCCAGUCUUGCAAAUGAACUGUUAGACAACUGUUGGACAUUCACCACAAAUCAAGUUUUACAAUAAAACAUACUUUAUUAGGGUGGAAAUGUUGUGAUUUGGCCUUGUAUGCAAGUAAUUAUUCAAAAAAAGAAAAUUCCCUCGAAGUCUUUGCAGCUGUAUCAGCGUUGCAUGGAGAUCACCAGGUGUUUGUCAUACAGGAGGCUUCUGUGUCUGUGUCUAGACAUAGCAAGUGUAACUUUUAUCUCAGCAGCAGAAAUGGUUUAAGUGCUGGCCAAAGGACUCUCUAUUGAUAAUACAGUGUUUUUGCCUGACCUUCUGGUAAGUUGUUUCACAGAAGAUAGUCAGACGAAUGUUAGAUGCCACUAAGCGCUUUUUUUCCUUUUUUGUUUUAGUUUGACAGCUAUAAACGGAAUUAACUUGUGUGUUGUUUGCACUGACUGUGUUCCCUCUUAGCACAAGUGGAAGCUCGGAGACUAUUUAAAGAAGCUCACAUCUGCACUCAAAGGAAUUAGCAGCCCUGUAAAGCAAUUUCUGGAAGGAGUGAACUCUAGUUACUGCUUGAACUUCUGGACUAUGCUAGAGACUUUUGUAUAUAAAUUCUUUAGUCUCUGGUUCACUUUCCAACACUGAAGUAAAAUCCAAACUGUUGCAACAUCCGUGUAUUUUAAAUGCUCUAGAACUGCAUUCUGCUCAGGCUGGUACUGUUCUUUAAUUACUCUUGGGCCACAAGUCUUAACACAAGAACUAAAUUGUACCGUACUCACUCUACGCUGUAAAUAUUUUGUCUAACUUAUUUUUUCAGAAACAUUAAUUAGUAGCAGAUUUGUAUAUGAGGGAUAAAAUGUUUGUUGCAGAAGGGAUCUGUGGAGUGGGAUUGAAAAGGCAGGAGUAGCGAAUAACCCAAAAGAGUGGCUGUUUGACUUCCAAUAUCCUGGUCUAGCAAUAUGUAAAAACAAGUCAUUAUUAAGUAGUGUGGAGCAUGACAUGUAACUAGCAGAUACAUCUUAGAGCAAGCUGAUGAAUAAAUCUUGCCUGCCUGAAGUGUAGCUGAACCUGAGUUAACAUAGGUUUACUUCAAUCAUGUGAGUGUUCUUUAGGAACAGAUCUGCUACAGGCUGACAAGAGUCCUAAUUCACUUUCAUUGCCAGUGUUAAUAGUUUCUCUUGAUAACUGUUUUUUCCUUGCUGUUAUGUGUUUGUAUUUAUUGCUCAUGCAUUCUUCUGGAUUUCUCAGUCCAGUGUUUUGCUUGAAUGUCUUGGGCAGUACUGCUACUGAAGUCUUUCUGCAGAAGCUGGAUAGAAGGGAUCUGUGGUGUUAAUGUUUUUCAACUUGUAUUUCUUCUGUUUGAAGAAGAGAGCCUAAAAAUACUUACACUAGAUUUGCACAUUCUGUAUAGAUCUUUAUAUACUAGUUCAGGUACAGAGGGAAGAUGGUUUGGGAGAGUUGUGUUUACAGGUCAUAGAGAAUGAAGAGAGGGUGUUUUAAAAAGACCCUUCAUUCUUUGUAUACAGAUAUAACAAUGCUAAUCUGAUUUUUACUUAUGUUUAGUACUGGUAGUAUGAUUUUAAUUUACCUUCAUUGUCUGUUACCAGGAUCUUCAUUGUGCUCUUACUUACAAGACUAAAGUUGUGCCUCUGUUCAUCUCCCCUGCUUACCUUUUACAGAGAUGUGAUUUGUGCUGUACUUGUUUUUUGGUUUUUUUUGUUGGUUCAUAUAAUGUGCUUUGGGUUUACUAACCAUACAGCAGGUUUAUCUAAAGCAAUAGGUUGUAAUAAAUAUUGUGAACCAG